AUGGAAAAGCAGUUGAAUCGUGAACGCCCAGAUGUCGAAACCCCAGGGCAGCCUCCUCGAAAUGGCGCAAAGAUUCAACUGCGUUGGUUGGCAGCACGAGUAGAAUGGAUGAGUCGAGCAGUGCUUAUUGGUCGAUGCGAAAAGCCUGCUAUCUCACUUGGAGACGAGUUUUCCCGAGAAAGGGAUGAUGAUGGAGAGUACAUUCGUGCCUGCGUACGACUGAAUGUGAAGGGAUCAUGGGAAGAUCUGCAGCUGGUGAUCACUCGAUGUACGGUUGACGAUAUUCAAAAGAUCAUCAACAAGUUGAAGACCUUCUUCGAGGAGCAACUCAAGAGCUCUAAAAUGGUGUGGGGUAUACAUGAGGACAGCACAGCAGCAGUCAGCAAUUCCAAAGAACAGCAAGGCACUGCUGAUACGCCAGCAUCCGCGACAAAGAUCUGGCAGAAGGUAUUGGAUACAAUCACUCAGAUUCAAUUCAAGCAGAAGAUACUGCCAAUACCUAAACACGGUGAAACAGUUGUGGGCGGAUUUGUAGGUUUAGAAGCUGGUCGUCUGUCACUGGCAUGUAUGCAUGGAGAAAUGAAUGCACACAGCUGGGCUCUAUUUCACUUACGACAUCCAGGAAUCGUUUUCACACCAGAGGCGAAAUUUUCUUACAUCGACAAGGACGACGAUGUGAUCGGAGUAGCCUUGCGGCAGAAGCUGAUAAUCCGUUUGGGACCGCAUACCGCAAAGCGGACAGCAACAAACAAUCCGGUAGAUGUGCCGAAUGUGAGCGCUGAAAAUAUGGCAACAGUCUGUCGAGUCCAGCAAAAUCGUAAUACCGUGAUGCGACAGAAUGCCUCGAUUUCGACCAGUCUAGACUACCUGAUUGGCGAUGUGCUGAAACAGAUUGGGGCUGCUUCCAACAAGGAGGUUGGGUUUUUUCUUCUUUUUGAUUUUUCUCUUCAUAACAAAGUCUAUGGGAACCUAUGGAGGUCAUUCAAGGGAGCAACGUCAUCAAGAGGGCAGCACAGUGUGCUGGAGUUGUUUCAAUUUCCGGCAUUGGAAGCGAUAUUGGUAUCUGAUCAGAUGAACGAAUGCGAUGUGGUAGAGUUUGAUGAGGAUGAACGACCGGAGGUGCACUCGACGUUUGUGUGUGACUUCCUCGACGCUGUCUGCGUUCAGACAGACUUCAAUGCCCAAGUCAGUUUUCUGCCCGAGUUGCUGAAAAGCUACAUGAAUGUUUCGGACUCUCCACUCCCGGUUGAGAACCCUGUGAAGACAGACAAGCGACGAUAUCUUUGCGAGAAAUGGGCAGUAGAUCCGAAAAUCAGGUUUAUCGACCGAUUUCGAUGGAAUCCGCCUGUCAUCGAUGAAGUAUUGAGAAAACUGCAAAUUUUCGAUCAUCGCACAACGAUUCCGAAAGCUUUGCAAAGGGCCUUGUUAGAUCCACUAGAUAAGGGUGUCGCGAGAGCGCUCUGUGAGCUGCUUCGUCUUGUGGAUCAGAAGCCAAGUUUAGAACGAACUGGUAGAAUUUAG